CUCAGUGGGGGAAAAGUGUGGGGCUCGUGCAGCUGGUAUUCCAUCCUCAACUCUUCUCGAGCUGCUCACACAAGCCGCACGCGCGCUCCUGUCCACCUCCGUCCCUGUGCCGCAGACCCUACUGUCUCUGUCUGUCUCUGCCUCUGUCCGGACUUACUAACCCAUUCUCCCGCUGCUGUGAGACACGACCUGAGGAACCAUGGAGGCCAUCAAGAAGAAGAUGCAGAUGCUGAAGCUGGAUAAGGAGAACGCGAUAGACCGGGCAGAGCAGGCUGAGGGGGACAAGAAGGGAGCAGAGGACAAAUGCAAACAGCUGGAGGAGGAGCUGCUGGGUCUGCAGAAGAAGCUGAAAGGAGUGGAGGAUGAGCUGGACAAAUACUCAGAGUCGCUGAAGGAUGCCCAGGAGAAGCUGGAGCAGGCGGAGAAGAAGGCAACAGAUGCUGAGGCAGAGGUGGCUUCUCUAAACAGGCGUAUCCAGCUGGUGGAGGAGGAGUUGGACAGAGCUCAGGAGAGACUGGCAACGGCUCUGCAGAAGCUGGAGGAGGCGGAGAAGGCAGCAGACGAAAGCGAGAGAGGCAUGAAGGUCAUAGAGAACAGAGCAUCAAAAGACGAGGAGAAAAUGGAGAUCCAGGAGAUGCAACUGAAGGAGGCCAAACACAUCGCUGAGGAGGCCGACCGCAAAUAUGAAGAGGUUGCCCGUAAGCUGGUGAUCCUGGAGGGGGAUCUGGAGCGCUCAGAGGAGCGUGCUGAGGUGGCUGAGGCGCGAGUGAGGGAGCUGGAGGAGGAGCUCAGACUAAUGGACCAGAAUAUGAAGUCCAUGAUGUGCGGAGAGGAAGAGUACUCACAAAAGGAGGACAAAUAUGAAGAAGAAAUCAAAGUUCUUACUGACAAACUGAAAGAGGCGGAGACCCGUGCAGAGUUUGCCGAGAGGUCUGUGGCCAAGCUGGAGAAAACCAUCGACGAUUUGGAAGAGAAACUGGCCCAGGCCAAAGAGGAGAACCUGGACAUGCACCAGGUGUUGGACCAAACCCUUCUGGAGCUCAACAAUCUAUAGAGCCCUCCUCAGAGCUCCCAGCGCUCAUCGGAUGUGAGGAUUGGUUCAGAAGUGGAUCUACGGAGCCCCUAUCAAGUGCAAACUAAGAGCUAUUUAGUGUGCAUUAGAAACUGUUGCAGGAAGGAUCCGGAUCAAGUUAUUGUGUGCACGAGGAAGUCAUAGAAACAACAACAUCAAGAGCCACGGUUGUUAGUUCUGCUAAAGAUCCAGAGCUCACGUUUAUAUUGUCAUCCUUUAAGAGAAAUGAUCAAAACAAGGUCCAUGCUGCUGCACACAAAGGACGUUUCUCCUUCACCCAACAGUUUCUGAUGUGCACAUAUUUUUUGUCUUUCUAUUGGUUGAUAAAGUGUGAUACAGAAAUGUCAAAGAUAUGUUUAAAACAACUCUCAUCUGACCUACCGUACCGAUUUCAGGGCAACACAAUUUGUAUUAUGUUAAAAAAAACACACAUUUUAGUUUGUUAUUUAGGUCAUUGUUAGGCAGUUUUAGGCAUUUAAAAAGUUAACAUUAGAGUUAUUUCCAGAACACUACAAAGUAGAGGACCUGUGUGUGAGACUGGUUUUACGUGUUAAACGCUGAGUUGAAUAAAGAGUUGGGAGCUGCAAUACUGACAUCUAACUGAAUAAAGGUUUUAUAUCUUGUACAACAA